GGGCAGUCUGUACGUGUGGCAGGCGGAGUGUCUCUGGCUGUGAGCAGUAGCAGAGAGGGGAGGGUCUGCGGCUUGGCGUAGCUGCAGCAGUCUCAGCGUCAGGCUGUAGUCUGUAUGUGUGAAUGUGUAUAUGUGUGUAAGUGAGUGUGGGUGCGUGCAUGUGUGCAUGCAUGCAUGUGUGUGUGUAGGGUGUAUGUGUAUAUGUGUGUGUGUGUGUCAAAGAAUGAGCCGCUUCCUGUCUGUCUUUCCGAGCUGGUCCUGCCAUCGCCGGUGAUUAUCGUUGUUCUUAUCUUCUGAUCACCAGCACUCUAGCAGCCCACCACUGUUGGUGGUUCAGGCGGGGGAGGGAGAAAGUGAGACUCAGUGUCAUCACCAUCCUCUGGAUCUAUUGUCAGGAGAGGAAAUUGGAAUCAAACAGCAGCAAGAGGCAGCUGGGCGGUCACAUCUGGGAAUGCAAAAUCGACUUCCCCCUCCUCCUGUCUCACCCUGGAUCACUUCAGAAAGCACUUCUGCUUCAUCCCCUGCCUCAACCAGAGGUUUCAUUUUUAACUGACUAUUUACAAAAACUGGAGGAGAAAGGGGGGUGGGGUGGUCUGGAAACAGAGACUGCUUUUUUUCCAGGGAUUUCUUUCAUGGGGAUGUGUUCAAGGCAAGAGAGAAUUCAGAAGGAUAUCGACAUUGUGAUACAGAAGUCCAAGGCAGAGAAGGACUGCCUGUUUGCAGAUUUCAGAUACUCAGACUCCACUUUUACUUUCACCUACGUUGGAGGCACCAAAAGUGUAUCCUAUUCAGUACAUGUAUCAGAAGAUUAUCCAGAUAAUACAUAUGUUUCAAGUUCAGACAAUGAUGAAGAUGUGUUAGUUACCACUGAGCCAAUUCCCAUAAUUUUCCAUCGAAUAGCAACAGAGUUAAAGAAACCCAAUGACAUUCCGUGUUGUUUAUCCAUAAAAUCGAAAUUACAAAAGGAAAAUGGAGAGGAGUCAAGACAAAAUAGUACGGUGGAAGAAGACUCGGAAGGAGACAAUGAUUCUGAAGAAUUUUAUUAUGGAGGGCAGGUGAACUAUGAUGGGGAACUUCACAAACACCCACAGCUGGAAGCUGAUUUGACAGCAGUGAGAGAAAUAUAUGGGCCUCAUGCAGUUUCUCUCAGGGAAUAUGGAGCCAUUGAUGAUGUAGAUAUCGAUCUGCAUAUUGAUGUUAGCUUUCUUGAUGAAGAGAUUGCUGUGGCUUGGGAUGUGAUUCGAACGGAGCCUAUAAUAGUCCGACUGCACUGUUCACUUACACAGUAUUUAAAUGGCCCAGUGCCUACUGUGGAUGUAUUUCAGAUUUCCACAAAAGAAAGAUUUGGAUUGGGACAUCAAUUAAAAAAGAUCAUGCAGACAUAUGUUACGCAACAGUGGAAACAGAGCAAAGAAAAAUCUAACUGCACACACAAUAAAAAGCUCUCCGAGAAGAAAGUGAAAUCCCCUCUUCACAUAUUUUCUACCUUGCGCAGGUCGCCGAGUUAUCCUCCCCCAGGUUGUGGUAAAAACAAAUCCAAACUGAAACCGGAGCAAGAUGGCAUCUCCAAGACUCACAAGCUGCUGCGGAGGACUUGUUCCAGCACAGUCAAGGCUGAGGAUGUGUGUGGGACCAAGUCCCACAGGACCUUUGGCCGCUCUCUGUCCAGCGACCCCCGAGCUGAGCAGGCUGUGACUAUUAAAUCGCACAAGCUGCUGAGCCGUUCUUGUGCUGCAGCUGUCAAACAGGAGGAGUGCAUCACUCUAAAGCCACAUAAAUUAUUGACUCGAUCUUGUUCUGGGGACCCUCGAUGUGAGCACAACAGUACUUUGAAGCCCCACAAACUGCUAAGCAGGUCUUACUCCAGUAACCUGAGAAUGGAGGAGCUAGAUGGGCUGAAGAACCACAAGUUACUCAGCAAGUCUCACCCCAGUGCCCCCAAGUCAUCCAAAACGGAGCUUUUCAAGGAACCUAUCGCAGAGGGCAGGAGACUCUCUCUUACCUCAGGGCUUAUUGGUAUCUUAACACCAUCUACAUCUUCAUCGCCCCAGACAGCUCCAAAUUAUAAUGCAAAAUGCGUUCCGGUACGAGACCGAGGUUUUCUUAUUCAGACAAUUGAGUUUGCUGAGCAGCGGAUACCUGUAUUAAAUGAAUACUGUGUAGUAUGUGAUGAACCCCAUGUAUUUCAAAAUGGCCCCAUGUUAAGGCCUACUGUAUGUGAACGUGAGCUCUGCGUAUUUGCUUUCCAAACUCUUGGAGUAAUGAAUGAAGCUGCUGAUGAAAUAGCAACUGGGGCUCAGGUGGUAGACCUGCUUGUGUCUAUGUGUCGAUCUGCCUUGGAAUCCCCCAGGAAAGUGGUUAUUUUUGAGCCAUAUCCGUCUGUGGUAGAUCCUAAUGAUCCUCAAAUGCUGGCCUUCAAUCCUAGGAAGAAGAACUAUGACCGAGUAAUGAAAGCAUUGGAUAGUAUUACAUCUAUUAGAGAAAUGACACAGGCACCAUAUUUGGAAAUCAAGAAACAGAUGGAUAAACAGGACCCCCUUGCUCAUCCUCUAUUGCAAUGGGUUAUUUCAAGUAAUAGGUCGCAUAUUGUGAAACUGCCAGUUAACCGGCAAUUGAAGUUCAUGCACACUCCCCAUCAAUUCCUCCUUCUCAGCAGUCCACCAGCCAAAGAAUCCAAUUUUAGAGCUGCUAAAAAACUCUUUGGAAGUACCUUUGCAUUUCAUGGCUCCCACAUUGAAAACUGGCACUCCAUCCUAAGGAAUGGCUUAGUCGUUGCUUCUAAUACACGGCUGCAGCUCCAUGGUGCAAUGUAUGGGAGUGGAAUAUAUCUUAGCCCAUUGUCAAGCAUAUCAUUUGGUUACUCAGGGAUGAACAAGAAACAGAAGGUGUCAGCCAAGGAUGAACCGGCCUCCAGCAGUAAAGGCAGUAAUACUUUACAGUCUCAGAAAAAAGGACAGCAAUCCCAGUUCUUGCAAAGUCGUAACUUAAAAUGCAUAGCCUUAUGUGAAGUGAUAACAUCACCGGAUCUGCACAAACAUGGAGAAAUAUGGGUUGUUCCAAACACUGAUCAUGUCUGUACAAGAUUCUUCUUUGUAUAUGAAGAUGGUCAAGUAGGAGAUACAAGCAUCAACACUCAAGAAGGAGGCAUUCAUAAAGAGAUUCUCCGGGUAAUUGGUAACCAAACUGCGACUGGCUAAAGGACCACUGUGGUUUCCCUAUCAUGAUUUGAAAGCCUUCCUCGGUUUCAAAGCUGGAUUUUGAACUGAAGAAGAUGAAAAAAAAAUUGUUAUUAUAAACCAAAUUAACCCUUUGAAUACUGAUUUUUUCUUAAUCUUUCUAAGUCUCAUUGAAAUACCUAAAAUGGUAUGCAAUUUACCAACUGUAGGGGUAUGGAAUCUAGUAAUAAAAUUCAACAGCACUAAAACAAAAGUUUGGGCUGCUCACAAUAAAAAGAUUUAAAAAGGAGUUUUGUGCUGAUAUUUUUAUAUUAAACUCUUUAAUUGGACAUUUUGGUAUUAUAUACCGGCAUUUUAAAUUUAGGUUAACCAAAAUAGAAUAAAGAGAGAAUAUUUUAUAAUGGAGCCUUCAUCUAUACAGGAUACUUUGCAAUAAGUUAUGUUUGUACAUUCUAAUGUACUAUAUUUAUUAGUACUAUGGAACAUUAGAAUGUCA